UUUACAAUGUAGUUUUAAACCUUAAUUUAAAUAUAAGUAUUAAUUAACAAUGUGUUUAGUUUUAAGUGUCAAGUGAAGAUUGGUAUUUGAAUGAAACAUAUAAAUGGAGUGUAUUGUGUUUUUAAAUGAAAAAAACUGCAGUAUGUUUAUAUUCGCUUGGUGUUCUGUCACUUCGAGACCCAUACUCGUUGAGCCACCGUCUGAUGGCUCAGUCUCGCAUUUUAGUAUUGGCAUCGCCGCUGACACAACGCCCGUGUGAUAUCAGCAAAACAAUGUUAUCGAACUCGUAUCACUAUCAGAUAAUAAAAAGACGAUAAUAAUAAAAUGAGUUCGAUGCGAAGUACCAAUUUAUUACAGACACUAUAAUGUCCGAAAGACCGAAGUAGUGAGUGAUCGAUUUAAGUAUUUUUUUAAAAAUGAGACAUGCAUUCGGCCGAGAUGCAAAAAAGUGUUUCAGUGCAAGUAGAUAGUGAUUUUGCCCUACUACUGCCUAGCGGUGCAUAUGAAAUAAAGAAAAUGGAGCCAAGAUCGAAGUUACGGAAAGUGAUAUUGUUCUGUUUACUACUUUCACUGUUUGGAAUGGUGGCAUUUGGAUAUUUCUGUCCAGACCAGGUGUGUGCGUUAUCGCCAAGGGAGCGGAUGUCAGAAUCCCUCGCUCUCACAUACGCGGAGGCUCCAGGACGGCCAUUACCUGACCUGAUCGCUCAGCCCGGCCUCUCGUAUGACGAGGUCUUACACGAUGACUUUAGAUUCGAUUUGAAUGCGCACGAUGUCAUGGUCUUCCUUCACAUACAGAAGACUGGAGGAACAUCCUUCGGAAGACAUCUAGUGAUGGAUCUCGAUUUGAAGAGGCCGUGUAACUGUCAACGUGCGCGUAAACGCUGCCAUUGUUUUCGACCGCACAGCAACGAAAUAUGGCUCUUUUCGAGAUACUCCACCGGCUGGAAAUGCGGUCUUCAUGCCGAUUUCACGGAGCUGACAGCGUGCGUGGGUGGAGAGCUGGAUCGACACGAGGGUUCCGCGGUGCAUCGGAGAUAUUUCUACAUAACCCUACUAAGGGAACCUGUUUCCAGAUAUUUAUCAGAGUACCGUCACGUGAAGCGUGGAGCCACGUGGAAGGGAUCCAGGCACUGGUGUCAAGGGCGUACGGCGUCAGCGGCCGAGGUUCCACCUUGCUAUACCGGCGAGUCUUGGCGCGGCGUCACCCUGGAAGAGUUUGCGGCUUGCCCGUGGAACUUGGCCAAUAACAGACAGACUCGCAUGCUUGCCGACUUGGCGCUCGUCGGCUGUUACAACGGAACAUUACGGCAUCGGUCUUCAGACACGGAUCGAGUACUGCUCGCGUCGGCCAAGCGAAACUUGGCUGCUAUGGCGUAUUUCGGACUCACUGAAUUUCAAAAGAUAUCACAAUACGUUUUCGAGGAGACGUUCAACCUACGUUUCGCGGUCCCGUUCACGCAGCAUAACGCGACAGUGUCGGGCGCGACGCUAGCCGCGCUGUCGCCGGCGCAGGUCGCGCACAUCCGACGCCUCAACUCGCUCGAUUUAGAGCUUUAUGACUUCGCUAAGAACCUUAUGUUUAAAAGGUUCGAAGCGUUAAAGAAACGUGAUAGCGAUUUCGAAUUCCGCUGGCGACAUCUCGGCGAGGUGGCGCCGAAAAGCGGUGUCACCGAAUUCGAUUGGGACAGCAACCUAGAGGACGCCACCACUGAGAAGUCAAGAGGCAAAUCCUUUAAGACGAAGAAAGUUUGAGAUCCAAGUCGCAGUAAACCACAGAGCAGUGGCUGAAACUACGUUACAUUACUGGUGCAUGCUUAUCUCUAAGGGUAAAGAUGUAUUAAGCGUUUUAGGAUUCGAUGUCUAACUAUUAUCAACUCUUCGUGUUCAAAUUCUUUUUCUUAUUUUAAACUUUUUUUUUUCGAACACAUUCUUUUUUUAAAUGUUAGAGUUGUUAACGGUUAUUCCCUGCAUAAUACAACUAGUCAAUAAAACGUCUAUAUUAUAAGAUAAUUUUGGUUGUCUGUUUUUUUUUUUAAUAUUUUUUAAUGUAACCUCAGUGCAACUUUUGUUAGUAAAAAAGGCAGCUAAAUAUUUUCGCAUCGAAUCGAUGAGAUAAAAAGGAAAUGUGUUUAGAGUUUGGGACUUUCAAUAAUACAGUGUAGUUGUAUUGGACUUAAUGUGACAACAUUACGAGGGGGAGUGACGUGUGAGAGACGUCGGACAGACGGCGAGGAACACAUUCUGUUUGUAUUCCGAAUGAAGUGAUCGUAUCGAAUGACAUCCGAGUUAAUCGGUAAUAAAAAUCGGUUUCACUGAUUAUCCCAUCGAUUGUCCGGAAUUUAUUCAGACUUACAUUCCUUUAAGCAUUGUAUAAAGAAUAAUUUAUACCUUUUACUCCUGUUUUAAUUUAAAUUUAUCGUUAUCUACGUAAUAUUUUGUGUUUAAUAAUAGUAUCAAAUGUCAAGCGUAAAAGAUCGACUAUUGUAACAGUGACGUCACUUGACAUUUUGAUCGAAGGGAAUUGAUAUGUUUUAUAUGAAGUUAGGAAAAAGAGCUCUAUGUGAAUAUUGUAGUUCGAAAAUGACUCUUAACUUGAUAGCCAUAAGAGAGAUUUUCACAUGAACGUAUACUCAAAAUAAAAUUUAUAAUAUUUUUGUUAAUUAAAAUUCUCAUAAAACAUUGAUAUUAUUGUUACGUAAACGGGCUCCUUUUCUUAGUGAUAUGCAUCGUGUACAGUAUGUGUAAUUAGUAUAAAAGUAUUUUCUAAGAGUGAUCCUUAGUUUGUGAAUGUCUACAAAAUGUGCUAUAAAUCCAUCCCCUAAACAUUUGUAUAAGCUUAUUUUAGAUAGUUAUUAUCGCGAUGAGUGUUGAUAUUUAAUAGUAACAGGGUAGGUUAUGCAUCUAGAACGAACCCAACGAAAUAUGAACCUAGUUUAACUUAAAAUAAAGUACACUUUUGAUUAAUGAGCAAAUUUUAAUUAAAAAUCGUUGUUAUUUUGAAUGUAGGUCUUUCCAUUUGCUUAUGAACUCUUAUUACUAUAUGUCUGUAUCGAUUAUUAUUGUUUCAACACUUUAAGCGGAGUAAAGUGAUUCGUGUCAAUGAAAAAUAUCAUAUCAGCGAUGUCGAGAUCACGUUGUCAUGUUCUAGUUUUUUGAAAAAAAGAAAGAGAUGUUUAACGUAUAGGCAGCCUCGUUCAUAUACUCGUUGCAUGUUUCCGGGUUAAUAGAAAAUUCCAGGUCAGGUAAACAAGCGAAGAAUGUUCGAGAAUGCAAAAAUGCUGCCAAACCGCCGAAAUUUCUAAAGGCAUUUCUAGACUGGAACGCUCUAAGGAGCACCAGGUGCUAUGAAAAGCCUAAAUAUCUCAUGUGAAUAUCUCGUGAAUAUUUUACAUGCGAGCGCAUACGCGGUAAGCUUAUAUGAGAAGUGCAAUAACGUUCUUGUAAUGUACUCACAAAUUAUGUUAUAAACCAUUAAUUAUUAUAUGCAUGUGUGAAAAAAACGAGUAUUUUUACAAUAAGUAAUAUAUGGCUUGUAUUUAAAAUGGCAUCGCAGUUGGUUUCAACGUUCAUCUAAUAUAUUAAUCUAAGAUUUGAACAAGCUUUCGAUAUAUUUUUUUAGUAAUGCUUAUAAUAAUCUUUUUAAAAACAAUUAUAUACACUCGGACUUAAGUUACCUCGGUUAGUAAAGUAACGAAAAACUAAGUACACAGCUACGGUAGAACUCUUGUUUGGUAUUUUUCAUGCACGAUGUUUAAUAUUCGAUUAAUUUUUAAAUAGUUUUUUUUUUGUUUGUAUCUCACGUGUGUUUUUAUAUGAAGCUCAUUAAUCAAAUUGUGUUUUUAUAUUAUAACGUUGUAAUAUUUCUAUCCGUAACGUUUUGUAUAUAGUUAUUUUAUAGCAGUGUAAUAUGACAUGGUUGUAGCGAUAUUUAUCGCUUCAUCACAUUUUUUUUGUAGAUAUAGUAUUGUACCUUAUUUCAUAAUGUCGUAUCUCUAUGUUAUGUUUUAUGUUAAAAUCGAUUCUCAAUUAAUGGAACCAAAGAACAAAUUCGUGUGCUGUAUAAAUUGGAUUUUCAUCUGAAUGUUUUAUUUUUAUUCUAUUUUUAAGUUAGGAUUGGCCGGAUUCUUGAUUUCAUGUGACACUUGGCGCUAAAAUGUUAAUAUUUUUUAUCUGUAAGCAAAAAAUGACAGAAUUAAUGUUGUCCUGCCAAUUUAACGAAGUAUUUGGUUCAUUGUGUUUUGUUGGAUUUUAAUUUGUGGCAUUAUGUUUAAAAUGGCAACCCUAUUCGUGUUCCAUAUUUUACCAGAGCAUUGAUAUUAUUCACAUUUAUAAGAAUUUAAUUAAAUCCUUACGUUUUGUUAUAAAAUAUAAGCUGUUUUAACUUAAAUAGUAUUUUUGUGCAUUUUUUCUUCGAACAAGUAUUCUUUUUAUCUCGCUAACUUUAAUAAGACAAUACAACUACAGAUUGCUUUUAAAAACGGAUUAUACCACGAGGCGUCCGUUCCGAACACUUUUAUCGUUAAACUUUUGACAAACAGUAAACAUUAAGCUCUGUUGACUUAGAGAAGACUCGAAUUGAAAAAGACUUUUAAAACUCAGCAAUAUUUUUUUUUUUUCGUAACAAAUAAUUUAUCUUAGCAAAUAAAACUAAACUGCUUUUAUUAAUGUUUUCAAGUCUAAUUCUUUAACCGGUAAUUUAAAAAAAAAAGUAUGGUUUCUUUAAGUACAAUUGAUCGCAUACAACCGAGUAGACAAAUUUAAUUUAUUGAUUGUACAUCAAUGUUUAUCGAAUGAUAGCGGCAGUUUUUAAUCGAUUUGAUGUUUAUUUUUCGUAAAGAAUGUGGUGGGAUCGGUUACUCAUUCACUUAGGUCAAGGUUGUUUAAGAAUAUUGCUUCUUCUAAUAAAAGCAACAUUAAUAUAUUCCGCGAAAAGGAUGGGACGUAUAUCGCCUUAUUAUAUAUAACCGUAUUUUGUUAUAUUAUGAUUUAAUAAUAAAUGGUUAUAUAUUGUAAAUAUUAUAUACUAACAAUAUGUAUAAUCACAUAAAAUAUAUUUUUAUGAAUUGGAGAGUGUAUCUAGUGACUCUUGUUAAAUGAAAAUGAAUUAAAUCGUUAUAUAAGACAAGUAUAUAAGUUGGAACAUGUGUCUAAAGUUGACAAUAGUACGUCAGUAUUAUAAGACAAAAAUAAUGUGUACAUUUAUGCGCGGGAGUAUUAAAUGUUUAAAAAUACUUACAUAUUCGAUGUUAUAAUUAAUUUUAAAUGUUGUAAAUUUUUGAAGAUUUCGUUAUUUGUCAUUUAAAUUAUAAACUACUUAUUGAGAACUUAACUCAUAACUAAAAAAAAAAAAAUAUUUUUAUUUUUUAUUUUGAGUGACAUUUCAAAAAGUUACCGCCUUUUAAGUACCUACUACAUUGAUACGUUUAUUAAUAAAUUUUAAACUAACAUCCUUAAAUUAUACCAAUAAUGAUUUUAUAUGUACAGUAAACCUUAAAAAAAUAUAAGUUGAGAAACAACUAAAAUAUUGUCUCAUUUUUACAAUAUGAUAUAAUGUACGACUGACUGUACAUUACUUACAAUAUGAUACAUAAUAAAAUAAAAUAUUUAGUCAAGACUUGCACAGUGAAUCAAUAUAAAGAAGGUAUCAAAUUAUCUUCGAUUGUAACAAAAUAAUAUAAUAUAAUAUAUAGGAUAUUUUGACUUGAUUUCGAAUAUGUAUGUAUGUACUAUCACUUUAUUAAUAUCAAAACCGUAUGAUCGCGUAUAAAUUUCAGAAUAUAAAUCCAGAAUAAGUUAGUUGUAAUAAUAGUUUAGCAAAUGACAGAUUGUGGACAACGUCACAUAUCAGAUAAAUGUCUAAACGAAUUAUAUUACUUGUGAGAUAUAUAUAUCCUAUGAUAAAAGAAAUGGAAUCCUAUCAAGGUAGGAUACAUAUGACAAGUCACUGUUUUUUCUAUCAAGCAAUAGGAUUCGAGGCUUUGACGCUUUCCUAGCAAUCAUUUAGUUAUCUAUGUAUUAAAAUUAAUCCGAUUGAGUGAAAACUUUACUUGCGUGAAAUAUUUUGGCGUAGUGUUAUCAAUUUUAUUAAUGUGCAAUAAAAAAAUACGUUAAGCGGUAUUCCAAAACACACUGUUAAAAAUGACAUCACAACUGUACUUAAUAAUACCCAUGAGUAUUAAAUAAACUUGGUUUAAUACUCAAAGCUUAAUACUGAUAAGAAUUGAUUAAUUAACAACAGUGUACACUUGUACUAAUAAAUAUUCAAUUGUCAUAUGAUAGCCUGACUGGCUUCCAUUUGUUUUUAUUAACCUGUAAUUAGAUAUAUUUUUUAACGCUGGCAAUCUCACUCAGUCAUUAUCAUACGAAAGCUUCGUAAAUAUUACCCGAUAAAUAAUUUCGUUAUAAUAAAUAUUGAAAUCUUAUCGUUUGUGAUAUUUUGUUUUUGAUGAAACCUUGGUGUGCUGUUAUGCGUACUGUGAAGGUUCGUGGCCCAAAUAAAAACGAUAUUUUUUAUUUGUAUGUUUGUCCUUUAAUAUAAUAUUUUAUUGUAAACCCUUUUUCACCCGUGCAAAGCCGGGUAGGUAGCUAGUAUAGUGUUAAUUAUUUUAAACAAGUCGUCUGCCAUUAGACGUCGUCCAGAAUAUGUCAUGUGCUAUGUUGUAAAUAAACGAAUAAGCGAAGCGAAGAAGCCAUAACGGAUAUUAAGCCAACUGUAUAAAUGUUCGUGACAUGUUAAAUAGUUCGAAUGAUGUUACGCAUAAUUGCACCGUGCGAUGCAUUCUAGUACCAAAAGUGUAGUGUUUAGUUUUUUAAGUUUCCGACUGAACCAAAACAUUGUAGCUACGUGUGUUUACAUACACUGGAGUAAUAAAAUAUUUGAAAUU